AUGGCUUUUAUCGUGUGUUCAGCCUCUCACUUGCUGCUUCUAGUCCCAGGCGCAUCCUUAGACAAGACUAAAAGACCUCGAUUUGCGUCUCUCUCGCCCGUCCGCUUGUUUGUAUCCCACAGACUCGAGAAGAAACAGCGCGUCGAGGACGAAAGCGACCAGGAUGAAGGCGUCGAUAUCAAGGACCUUCUUGUCGACAACGAGUCCGACACCGUAGGUCGUGCAGACGACUUGACGCCAGCUGAGUUCGAGUACUACCUCACCAUCAAGGUGUGCCGACAGGAGAGGUUCUUCUACCCCUACCACGUGCUCCCAAGAAGUCAAGCUGAGGCAUACGGCUCGCUGGAAUUGGUGGGCUAUGACCGUACUUUACAUGCAACCGCCACGCCGAGGAAGCUCAUGUCUGCACCGAUGUUUUGGAUGAUCCACUACUUCUGCAACAAGGACCAGGCCCUCAAGACGCAACGAUCAUGA